CGGGACAAAGCUGCUGGUAUUGUUAGGAUUUCUUUGUUAUUGUUGUUGUUUUGAUGUCACCUGUUUCUCGCCAAACUUGUUUUCAACAAUUCAAAUUCAUUUGUGUGAAAACUUCGUAUUAGUAGUAACGUUUGGUAGAUGUUCAAUCAAGUAAGAUUAUUAGUUCUGAGUACCAACUUACAAUAUGGUCAAGUUCAAAAAAGUGAAUCGGUUCAGCAAGAAAUUAUUAGCUAAAAUGAAUCCUUUGAUCGUUCUUCGUCGCAUUGAUCUCUCUUCAAAAGUCAAGUUCAUCAACAUGAAUCCUGUCAUACGUUUAAAUCGUAUUGAUCUCUACCAACAAGCUACUAGAAAGAAUGUCGCGGUAUUAGUACCACGUGUACGUUUCUGCAUUCGUAAUUCAAUUUCGAAUACCCGAGACAUAACUGAACAUGAUUCUCCACAGAAUAACAAACAAAAUGUUCCUAUUUGUUUGCCUGAAAUUGAUUCAUCUUCAAGAUCGUACGGAAGUACUUCGACUGAUGCAGUAACGCCGUCUCAAGGAAUAUCUUACGAAAACGACUGGUUCAGUAAAAAGUAUAAGCCUUACAUGGAAAAACUUCGAAAUUUAACAUACGAUGAAAUAUCAAACUUUGUUAAAAAUAACAAAGAACAGUAUGAAAAGCUUAAAGACACCAAAAAACCUACCAAAGGAAAUUCUGCGAAUACCGAUACGAAGGAUUUAUUUAAAUGUAAUCCGUUCAAUUCUGAACAACAAUUAGCAAUGUAUCUGACUCUCAGAGAAUUGUUCAAUGUUCCUGAAACCCAUUUCAAACAAUGCAAGUCCUUUUUUACUGUUGUUUUGCCGGAAAUUUCGUGUCAAUUGUUCGCUCAAACUUUCAAUAUUAAAGUCGGUUCGGCGCCUAGAUUGAUUAAGAAACUUUAUCCAGAUCCUAUUAGCCCUUUUUGAACUGUCAUAAAUGUGUAGGUAUACGUAGCUAAAACUAGUCAUAAGUAAAUCAAUUGAAUUCCAGGGUUCAAACAAUGUUGAAUUGUUGCAGUGAAAAAUUUAUAAAUACCUAUUUGCGUAUAGGUAUAGGUACAUUUUUAUGUAGAUAUGUAUUAAAAAGGGCUUAGGGUCAAUUUGUUGAAUUUUUUUUCAAAAUGCGUUAUUUUACGAUCUUUGGUUGAAAUAGUUUUUAAUUUAUCUCGACGUGUUUCUGAAAAGUGAAAAAUGAGUCAUCUGUACUGUAGACUCUUUUCAUUUCAGUAGAUGUAGCCUAUUGGAAAUUAGAAUGUAGAUAAUUUUCCAUUUCUUGGCUUUGGUGUCGAUCUCUCAGUUUUCGGUUGAUAUUAAUUUUAGUCAAUGUUCCGAGUUCAAUGUUGGAAUGAUUUAUCAAACUUUAAUGUAGCUAUAUACCUAUUUUUAUUUCUUUUGAAGUAGUUUUAUUUUUAAUUUUUAUAGGAGGGUUUUUAUUCUAAAGUGAUAUAUUUCAUUAUAAGUACGCAUAGGUAGGUACGUCUACGUAUUAUUAUUUUUUUUUCAAUUCGGAGCUGGAUCAGCAAAAGAUACUUCCUAAGUACUUAUUGUUAUUGUAUUCACUAAUCAAUGAUUCAAAUUUUACGGCGAGCUUAUGUCAAGUCGAGAAAAGAUCCAGUGAGUAAUAACUGUUUAUUUUUAAUUUUUUAAGUAAUGUAAACAAAUUUAUUCGAUGAAAGCGUAAAAGAAAGAAAAGUUGGUCUUUUUCAAUCA